CGGGCGGGGCAUCCAGCCCCGCACGGGCGAGUGGGUGGCCUUCGCCGAGCUGGGCGCCAACGCCAGCGCCAACGGCACCUGCCCCGAGCACAGCCAGGACCUGGUGGUGCAGCCCCGCAUGCACGACGCCCGCAACACCUCGGGCGUGCUGCACGUGCAGGUGCAGCCCCUGCGCAAGCACGAGCAGACCAAGCUGUACGUGCUCUGCACCCAGAGCGGCCCCGGCCAGCCCUGGCUGCAGCACGAGGGCCAGGACGGCCGCCUCAUGGUGCUGGAGGAGAAGAAGUCGCUGCUGCCCCUCUGGUUCCAGGUCAUCCUCAUCAUCUGCCUGCUGGUGCUCUCUGGCAUGUUCAGCGGCCUCAACCUGGGCCUCAUGGCGCUGGACCCCAUGGAGCUGCGCAUCGUGCAGAACUGCGGCACCGACAAGGAGAAGCGCUACGCCCGCAAGAUCGAGCCCAUCCGCCGCAAGGGCAACUACCUGCUCUGCUCGCUGCUGCUGGGCAACGUGCUGGUGAACACCACCCUCACCAUCCUGCUGGACGACCUCAUCGGCUCCGGCAUCGGCGCCGUGGUCGCCUCCACCAUCGGCAUCGUCAUCUUCGGCGAGAUCGUCCCGCAGGCGCUCUGCUCCCGGCACGGCCUGGCCGUGGGCGCCAACACCAUCGUCAUCACCAAGUUCUUCAUGCUCGUGACCUUCCCCCUCUCCUUCCCCGUCAGCAAGCUCCUGGACUGCAUCUUGGGCCAGGAGAUUGGCACCGUCUACAACCGCGAGAAGCUGGUGGAGAUGCUGAAGGUGACGGAGCCCUACAAUGACCUGGUGAAGGAGGAACUCAACAUGAUCCAGGGAGCGCUAGAGCUCCGGACUAAGACGGUGGAGGAUAUCAUGACGCCGCUCCACGAUUGCUUCAUGAUCCACAGCGACGCCAUCCUGGACUUCAACACCAUGUCGGAGAUCAUGGAGAGCGGCUACACCCGCAUCCCCGUCUACGAGGAGGAGCACUCCAACAUCGUGGACAUCCUCUAUGUCAAGGACCUGGCCUUUGUGGACCCUGACGAUUGUACCCCCCUGAAGACCAUCACCAAGUUCUACAACCACCCGGUCCAUUUUGUCUUCCAUGACACCAAGCUGGAUGCUAUGCUGGAGGAGUUCAAAAAGGGUAAGCCAGCCCAGGCUGGGUUCUGCUUGCUUGCCGACAACCGCAGCCGGAAGCGCGUGGCCACCCAGAGGAACAAGCGGGAUUUCUCUGCCUUCAAGGACUCGGACAACGAGCUCAAGGUGAAGGUCUCGCCCCAGCUGCUGCUGGCCGCGCACCGGUUCCUGGCCACGGAGGUGCCGAUGUUCUCGCCGAGCCUCAUCUCGGAGAAAAUCCUCCUGCGGCUGAUCACACGCCAGCAAUACCAGAACGGCCUGCUGGCCUCGCGCCUGGACAGCUGCCCUCAGUCUCCGGACAGUGGUGCCCCCAAAACGGACCCUGGCAUGACAGAGAAGGCGGAGCCCUCGGCGGCCGAGGAGACCUCAGCCCUCCUGAAGGAGAGGAAUUGCCAGAACAAGCUGCGGGAGCUGCCCCUGCGGCACGACGCCAGCACCUGCCUGUGCUGCGGGAAGGUGCUGGACAUGGUGCGCAGCAGCGACCCGUACAGCGAGUUCGUGCGCGAGGAGUUCAGCAAGGGCGCCCUGCGCAACAAAACGGUGGAGGACGUGCUGACGCCGCUGGACAAGUGCUUCAUGCUGAGCGCCGAGCGGCUACACCCGCAUCCCCGGAAGGUGCUGGACAUGGUGCGCAGCAGCGACCCGUACAGCGAGUUCGUGCGCGAGGAGUUCAGCAAGGGCGCCCUGCGCAACAAAACGGUGGAGGACGUGCUGACGCCGCUGGACAAGUGCUUCAUGCUGAGCGCCGGCGCCGUGCUGGACUUCCACAGCAUGUCCGUCGUCAUGCAGAGCGGCUACACCCGCAUCCCCGUCUACGAGGAGGAGCACUCCAACAUCGUGGACAUCCUCUAUGUCAAGGACCUGGCCUUUGUGGACCCUGACGAUUGUACCCCCCUGAAGACCAUCACCAAGUUCUACAACCACCCGGUCCAUUUUGUCUUCCAUGACACCAAGCUGGAUGCUAUGCUGGAGGAGUUCAAAAAGGGCAAGUCGCACCUGGCCAUCGUGCAGAAGGUGAACAACGAGGGGGAGGGCGACCCCUUCUACGAGGCCAUCGGCCUGGUGACGCUGGAGGACGUCAUCGAGGAGAUCAUCAAGUCGGAGAUCCUGGACGAGUCGGACGACUACAAGGAGAAUAGGGUGCGGAAGAAGCCAGCCCCCGUGGGCACCCUGCUGGAGCACAGGAAGGAAGAUUUCUCCUUGUUCAAGGAGGCUGACAACGAGCACAAGGUGAAGAUCUCCCCACAGCUGCUGCUGGCCACGCAGCGCUUCCUAUCCCGAGAGGUGGAUCUGUUCAGCCCGGCCCGCGUUUCCGAGAAGGUCUUGCUGCACCUGCUGAAGCACCCCAGCGUCAACCAGGAGGUGAAAUUCAACGAGAGCGACCGCCUGGCGCCCGAGCACUUCUUGUACCAGCGCAACCAGCCGGUCAACUACUUCGUCCUGGUCCUGCAGGGCAGGGUGGAAGUGGAGAUCGGGAAGGAGGGGUUGAGGUUCGAGAACGGAGCAUUCACGUACUACGGCGUCGCAGCGCUGACGGCGCCCUCCUCGGUUCACCAGUCGCCAGUGUCCACCCUGCGGCCGAGCCGGCGGGACCAGCCUCAGGACUGCAGCGAGAGCCCCGCCUACUCCACCUACUGCCCCGACUACACCGUGCGGGCGCUCACCGACCUGCAGCUCAUCAAGGUGACCCGGCUGCAGUACCUCAACGCCCUCAUGGCCUCCAGGGCGCAGCUGGCGCCCCAGGCACCUGACAGCCUGGAGCUGAAGAUGGUCCCCACCAGCCAGACGAAGCUUCUGGGAGCCAGGCCCACGGCGUCAGGAAGCAGCAGCAGCCAGGCGCUGGGGGAAGAGGCGUGCACGAGCAUCUAGCCCUCGCAGGACCCGGUGACCGCCGCGUGGGAGCUGGCAGCCGCCCAUGCUGGCUCGUGGGGCGAGGGGCCCCAAAGGAGGCCGGCCCCUUGGAUUCUAGAGGACCCUGCGGCAUGGGGCAGGCAGAGCUGGAGUCCAGCCCCGGAGAACAUCUCGUCCCCCGCUCAGGGGCCAAGAAACCCGCAGGGGCAGUCCGCCCGGCUGGGGGCCGCAGCAGCCAUGCAGGUUGUGGGCGGGUUCCUCGCCGGGGGGUGGGAGGCCUGGCCCUGGCUGUGGGGUCAGUGAGCCCCCACCCCAUGGGGCGUGGGGGUCAGCCCAUGCUGCCACUCAGGGCCAAACACCUGCCUUCCUGAGCCAGGCCUGGGCCCGGCUUCACCAGGGGCCUUUCCUCCCCGGGCCCCCCAGGGAGCGCGGGGCCCACAUGGGGCCUGGAGUGCAGACAGACUGCGGCGGAAGGGCCCGGAGCAGCCCUGCCCCUCGGACGUGUGCAGGUGCUGUGGCCCCAGGGCUGACGGACUAAAAUGGACACAGGGGGCCUGCAGCUCAGGGUGCUAGUUGCAGCCUGGUGCAGUCAGCGCCCCGGCCGUGUGCGCGGCCCCGUUUGAAAGGCACUAAAAGCUGGUGUCACGCA